GGUCUUAUAUACAUAUUUUUUUUUUCUAAAUCAUUUUCAUGCGUGUAAUUACAAUGCGUUAGAGAAAGCGAGGUACAUAGUGUGUUGUUUUGUACUGCCUUGAGUCACAUGGUGUACAGGAGGCUGUAUUAUAAUAAAUUAUUAUGGUUUUCUCGUAAUGUUAACAUUCCUAGAUCCUACUAUGUACAGAUCCCAAUUAUUGAGAUUUGAGCCAAAACUAAACAGGGCAUAUAUUGCUGUUAUAUCGUACCGGACGUGUACGUGAUAAACAAGAGCUGAAGAACCUUGUGACCCUUGGCCAUUUAUUUGACUAUGAUUGUGCGUUAGAAGAGUGUGACGCCGAUCGUUUAAAAAAAUAUUAUCUGCACAGUGGCAAGAAAGAAAUCAAUCUUUUGUUUUCACAGUAUUGCGACCGCAACAGACUGAGUAACUAAACUUCGCACCUUGACUUCUUGGCUCAGCCGCAGUUUUAGCCGCCACUUACACAACGUAACUCUUCAUUCUCCCCUGCACACUGUCACACAAUGAAUAAUUGUAUUAUUACAUGAAAGAAAACCGACAAAAAGAGGAAAACCUGUUAUAGAGGGAGCUAGAGGACGAAUACUGUAAAAUAUGAAAUUGUAAUAUUUUAAUACUGAUUUGCAGAUGUGCAUAAUUUUAACAUAGCUGGUUAAAAAUGAAUUGUACUGAUACAAAAAAAAAAAAAUGAUAAAAGUCAAAAAAAUAAAAUAAAAAUGAAUACAUCCAUUUGAUGGAGAUAAUAAUAAAAACAAAUAUUGAAACUCAUGACAGAUGAAUUCUCUGUGUUAUUUUAGGGAAUUGUAAUAGUUACAAAGGAAAAUGUUUGUUUUGUAUAUCUCUUAGGGAUAAAUAAACUUUUCAAAAAAUAUGUAAAAUAAUCUGUACUCGUAUUAGACUAUAUUAUUAUUGGUAAUUUAAUUCGUAGCCAAACUUGCUCUUACUUAACCGUCUUCGGAAGUAUUGUCCCGAUACGAGAACUAGGCUGCGAAUUAUUGUGCGCAAUAGCAGAGCAAUAGGAAAAAUAUGUCGAACGUAUUUUGUUUUGAGCGUCGUUAAAACGAGCGAAAUCAAUGUGUUAGACUUGGUCAGUAUGCGAAGUAAGUGUGAGAACAUUAUCAUUGGAGAUUCAUGUGAACUAACAAAGUCAUUUCAACAUUAAACGUAACGUGGUUGAAACGUUUUCGGGUAUUCAACGAGCUUGAAUCGAUAUAAAACACCGGUUCAACGAGUCACGAACUUCUGGACUUUGGUGAUGGAGGAAAAGAAACAAACUUCUGUCUCGCAGGAAGAAGGCAAAGACGCCAAUGUGGUGGAGGAGGAUAGUGAAGAAGUAUAUCCGGAUAUUGAAGAUGACGGUGCACCGGACACAACCUGGCUAGGUUUCUUUUACUUUUGCAAUAUUGAACGGCACAACAUCAGUAAGGACCAUCCACAAUGGGAGAGGAAUGAUAUCAUGAAAGAAUUGACAAAAAUGUGGAAUAAUUUUGACAACGAAACGCGAUCUAGGUACAAAGAAAUGGCAGUAAAUGAACAGUCUACUUUCCUCGGUGGUCAGCACGAACGGCUAUUGUGAGAAUUAUAUAACAAUAAUUGCUGGCAGUCAAGUUUUGCAGACA